GAUGUGAUCUUCAUGGUGAGCUGGUGGGAAAAUUGAGUUGUAAAUCACCCCAAUGGAUGCGGACAGUGAUGUUGCACUGGACAUUUUAAUCACAAAUGUAGUGUGUGUUUUUAGAACAAGAUGUCAUUUAAACUUGAGGAAGAUUGCAUUAGAAGGAGCAAAUGUGAUAUACAAGCGUGAUGUUGGGAAGGUUUUAAUGAAGCUUAGGAAACCUAGGAUUACGGCCACAAUUUGGUCCUCAGGAAAAGUUAUUUGCACAGGAGCCACAAGUGAAGAAGAAGCUAAAUUUGGUGCCAGACGACUAGCUCGUAGUCUACAGAAACUAGGUUUUCAGGUAAUUUUCACAGAUUUUAAAGUUGUGAAUGUUUUAGCAGUGUGCAACAUGCCCUUUGAGAUCAGAUUGCCAGAAUUUACAAAGAAUAACAGACCUCAUGCGAGUUAUGAACCAGAACUUCAUCCUGCCGUGUGUUACAGAAUAAAAUCUCUCAGAGCUACCUUACAGAUUUUUUCCACAGGCAGUAUCACAGUUACAGGGCCAAACGUAAAGGCUGUUGCCAGUGCUGUGGAACAGAUUUAUCCAUUCGUGUUUGAAAGCAGGAAAUAAAUUUUGUAAUUCACCACUUGAUGGUUAGGUUCCCUAACCAAGCACCUUCAAAGACUGCUGCACAUUGGACUAAAAGCAAAAAGGAAAACUGGACCAACCAUAGCAGAGGAAUACAGACUCUUUUACUUGCUCAUGGCCACAGUAUAGACUCCAGUUCUUUUGGAUUUUACUCUUAACAGUGCUGUAUUGUAAAAACAGAAGUUUACAAGAUAUGAAAUUGCUGCUUUUAAAAAGACAUUCUAUUUAUUUUUGCAGUAAUUUCUGUGUAUUCAUAAGCAAAGCUGUCACGAUGUGCACUACCUUUAAGACUUUUUUUUUUUUUUUGCUUGAGCUUGUGUUUUAUUUGUGAAUAGUCUUUUACAUUUUUGUAUGCUGAAUAUUGGGCACCAAAGAAGCUGUAAAAGUUAUCUUUUUCACCUGAUGAAUGUGCACAAAUAAAAGUUUUGAAAAUAUUUCUCUUCAUACCUGUUCUGUUAUGUUCCUUCCCUUUUUAUAUUACUAUUAAAAUUGUAUAGUUGCAAAUUAAUUUGAAACAAUGUAAGAAUAGUCUUUUGCUGAUACCUUCUGUUUCUGUUUGUAGUAUGUGUAAAACUGUGCGUGGGUUAGAUUGAAAUCUAUAGUAGUUAACGUAUGUUUAUCUGAAGAUGAAAUUUGGUUUGUUCCCAGUUCUACAUGCCAGAGUUCAAGUAUUUUCUUGUUGUUACAUGAAGAGAAGACAUUUCUAAAUAUAAAGGUCUACAGCAAAUGUUUUCCCGUAGAUGAAUUGUAGAAUAUGCUGAGUUGGAAGGGAUCCAUCAGGAUCACCGAAUCCAGCUCCUGGCCCUGCACAGGACACCCCAAG